AUGGCCGAGUUUCUCAACUACAAGGUCGAUUUGACGCUUAAGGACGGCACCAGAUCAUCUGGUGUCAUCACACACGUGGACAAUCGGCAGAUCUCCCUUGGAAACGCCACGCAAUCCAGUUUUCCGGGCCAAACCAUCCCCAAUCUUCAGGUCAACAGCUCGCAGAUUGCCGACUUGAAGGUGAUCCAAUUGCCCCCAGAUUUCUACAAGGGUGGGCGUGGCAAGAAACCCAAGGCUGACACUCCCUCGCUGCUCGACAGUGCUAUCAUUUUUGCCAAAACCUCGGCACCAUCCUCUAGAGAAGACAAGAGCAUUGAUUCUCCUAAAACCAAAGCCCCCAAAAAGACUGCUGCCAGAAGCAAUUCACCCACUGGAUCCGUUGACCCAGACUGGGGCAACGACGGUGGCGUCAAAGACAUCAAGGCCUCCACCGAUUUCGAUUUUGCUGCCAACUUGGCCAUGUUUGACAAGAAGUCUGUGUUUGCUGACUUCCAAAAGAAAGACACCGUCAACCCAGGAGACAGGCUCGUGGGCCAUAACCGGAUCGAGCAGGGCAAGGGUCCAAAAACUAAAAAGGAGAAGUACGACAACGAUGAGAUGGUGCUUGACAGCAAGAAGAAUGACAACUGGGACAACAUUGGCAACACUUCAAAAGUGGACUUGACAAAACACAAGGCUAGCCACUCAUCGACCCCAGUAUACAAGGACCCCGUAACCAACCAGAACCUUAAGUUGGUACAUAGCUCCACGAUGUCACCCAUACCUUUGUCGUCGCCAGUACAAUUGCUUGAGAUCGAACGACUCUCGUCAGAGUCCUACGGCAUAACUCCUCCUAUCAUGGCCGAGGUGUUGGCCACCAAUCUCUCGCAAUUAAUCGCCACCCAGAUGUUGGGAGGCUCCAGCAGACUCAACAAGAAAAACCACAACUUGCCACCUUUGGUGCUCUUAUUAAUUGGAAGUGCCCGCUGUGGUUCCAGAGCAUUUGCUACUGGACGUCAUUUGACCAACCAUGGCGUACGUGUGUUGGCGUUCGUCAUCAACACCGAAGAUACCGAUAAGGACUUGACCACCCAGUGGCAGCUCUUCGAGAACGGAGGCGGUAAGGUCAUCACCUCCAGCGUGCCAGAGUUGUUGUCAAUCAUAAACCACCAGUUGGACACUCCCGUCGAGUUGAUCAUUGACGCCCUCCAGGGAUACGAUGACCACUUAGAGGAUAUUUUCUACCUGGAAAACGACCAGCAGGUGUUGCGCUCGCUCAUGGAAUGGGCUAAUGAGCCUUCACAGCAGUCGAAGAUCUUGUCGCUCGAUAUUCCUUCUGGAAUUGACGGUGGGUCAGGCACUCUCCUGGACCAGUCGUUGAAGUUGAACUGCCGCUGGUGUGUAUCCAUGGGCUUGCCUAUUACGGGGUUGAUCCAUGCCUAUAAAAACGGCUACUUGGAUGUCGGAGAGGUCACCCACUACUUGAUUGAUGUGGGAAUCCCCAACAAGGUGUACAGCAGCAAGGGCAACUUGAGGAAGUUCGACCGGUUCUGGCACAGUGCGGAGUCCUGUGUCAAGCUCGAGGUCGCCAGCGAGUAG